CCAAGGUGAAAAGGAGAACCCCAUGCGAGAGCUGCGCAUCCGCAAGCUCUGCCUCAACAUCUGCGUUGGGGAGAGCGGGGACAGGCUCACCCGAGCGGCCAAAGUGCUGGAGCAGCUGACGGGCCAGACCCCCGUCUUCUCCAAAGCACGAUACACUGUAAGAUCCUUUGGAAUCAGGAGAAAUGAGAAGAUUGCUGUUCAUUGCACGGUUCGUGGGGCCAAAGCAGAGGAAAUUCUGGAGAAGGGGUUGAAGGUGCGAGAAUAUGAGCUGAGGAAAAACAACUUCUCAGACACUGGGAACUUUGGCUUUGGAAUCCAGGAGCACAUCGAUCUGGGCAUUAAAUAUGACCCCAGUAUUGGUAUCUACGGCUUGGACUUUUACGUGGUGCUGGGCAGGCCUGGCUUCAGCAUUGCUGACAAGAAACGCAGGACUGGCAACAUUGGAGCCAAGCACAGAAUUGGAAAGGAAGAAGCCAUGCGCUGGUUUCAGCAAAAGGUAAAAUCCAUCUUUAUUUUUGCAUCCCAAGAGUUUACUAGCAAGGAUCAGCAAAAGUAUGAUGGCAUCAUCCUUCCUGGUAAAUGAGCAGUUCCUGUUGCCAAAAAAGAAAAUAAAUUUUUCUAACCCC